ACAGACGGUGUGCCGUUGAUACAGUAACUGGGGAUGAUUGUAUCACGACAGAACUGUGCCUAAAUUCCAAGCAGUACUUCAACAAGAGUUUUCUUUGCAUUGAAGCGUCCAACGACGAGCUGUGCUUGAGUACCUGUUAGAUUUAAGAAAGCUCAGAUGACUAGCAACACGUUCACGCAGGAGGAGGUAGCAAAGCACAACCAGGCCGGGGACUGUUGGAUAAUCGUCGCGCGGAACGGCCAACGGAGCGUGUUUGACGUGUCAAACUAUCUGAGGUCGCACCCAGGCGGCUCGCGCAUCAUCUUAGAAGGGGCAGGCACAGACAUGACGCAGCAGUUUUUUUCGGUGCGGCACAGCCCCGCUGCGCUGCGCGCCUUGGACCGCCACUUCAUUCGGCUGCUGGAGCCGCCGCCGGGCCCGGAGAGCUUCUGGGGUUGCUUAUCCACCUGGUUCAAGGGGCGGACGCCGGCUACGGCUUUGACGGCGAGCACUUAGCCGACCUCGUGAAGGCACAGAACAAGGGCCGUAAGGCACAGGGCAACUUGGCAGGGCUGGCGACGGGGAUCUGCGUGCUGUGUGCUGGUGUGGCAUAGUCCGGUACUGUGCAAGGCAUGUUGGCACCGCAACGUCAAGCGGAAGCAGCGUGGCAUCGAGCUAGACACGGAGCUGGAUGUGGUCGACCUGCGUGACAGUGACUGACCGAUGACGGAUGAGCGCCACUGCAUGAGCAGCAGCAUUGGUGGGCUGGGGGCUGGGGCGUAGCAUUGCUUUCAGGCGAACACUUGACUCUUGGACCUGUGGUUGGUAUGUUGGGCUGCCUGUGUGCAUGCAUGACCAAACUCUGGCCCUUUGGCUGAGGGCACGGCGGUACGGCAUGCAAGCGCAGCAGCAUGACAGCGGCAGAAGACAAUCCUGCUCCUGCUGCUCCUGCUGCCGUUGAAUGGGCUUUGUUCAGGAGCAGAUUGGUGACUGGAGAACACAUGAAAUGAAUGAGCAGGUUACGGUUGCGUUCAUUAAGGUAUCGUUAAAACCUGGGUCACAGCCGAGACAGUACCACGACGCGCCUGCGGGCUGAAGCAAGGCCGGUGUGUAUUGAUGCUCCUGUGGAGGGGGCGAGGCGGUGGUCCCAGAGUAAAUGAUUAGGGCAGUGGGAGCCUGCAACACGGCUCAGUGCGCCCGGUAGUAAGCGGCGUUUUGAUGAUGUGCGUGCAUUCAUCCUUUUUAUCCAUGCACUCGUUUAUCCACGUGUGGGGUAGUGACAUAACCUGCUUGAGGGAACAGGCGCAUCGGCGGCAUUGCAUGCUCCUGCAUGCUCCAAGCCCGCUGACGUCGCCUGGCGGCACGUUGUUGCCAGGUUUGACUGGGGCGUGUGCGUGCAAACAAAAUAAGUGCGAGUCAAGGAGAUGCCGCCAAUUGAUUGGCCUUCCUGACGGCCUGGUGUCGCAGUAGAGCGCGCGUGAAGCCGCCAUUCAUGAUGUUUGAAUGGAGUGAGAAGCAGAUUCUUUGGACUGCUAGUAGAUUGAAGGCGUUUCGUUGUACUGUGGCGCAUUAUCUGGGGGAUGGUUUUGGUAUCUAAACAUUCAACCCCGUGGCCGUUGACGUCAAGGCUCUGACUAGGGGCGUGGAGUGGUAGAGCUACUUUUGUGCUGGCGUCAUGGCCCUUGGUAUGACGGUGUUAUUACGCGCAUGCACUACCGCACAGUUGCACUGCUUGCGGUUUUGACGUCCUGUGGUGUUUGUGGGGGAGAUGUAAGGUGCGGCGUUGACUCGGAAUCUCAGGCACUCCUGCUCUGGUGCCUAUGGGCGUCUACGGGUGCCUUCCCUGCUCUGGCAGGUUGUGCGUACCAGACCCUGGGGCUCCUGAUGAUGCGUAGUAAGCCGUAAACAAGCGCUAUCCUCACGCGGCUCUUCUUGGGGCUACGGCUAUGUAAGCAACAAUCUGA